AUGGCCCCCGUUGCAACUGAAGCGUCCGACACGACUUCCCUUCACAUCCUCAAACAGCCCCGCUCUCCUGUUGCCAUGCUCGGCGGACACCCACACGACCUCCCACAACCGGUGAAUCUCUCUAGACCAAUCGAGGUCGAGGAUGGCACGCCCCGGACGACGUUUGAGUUCGAUCCGAUGGAGGACGCCUUGGCGGCAUUUGAGCGGGGCGACUUCCUCGUCGUGAUGGACGACGAGGGCCGGGAGAAUGAGGGCGACCUCAUUAUCGCCGCGAGCCAAGUGUCGACAGAGAAGAUGGCAUGGAUGAUCAAACACACCAGCGGCUACAUCUGCAUCGCGCUCCCGGGCGACCGCCUCGACGCGCUCGCAAUCCCGCAGAUGGUCGCGCAGAACGAGGACCCGAACCGCACCGCAUACACGGUGACCGUCGACUACCGCCCCGGCACGACGACGGGCAUCUCCGCACACGACCGUGCGCUCACCGCGCGCGCACUCGCGGCGCCCAGCGCACGCCCCGACCUCUUCUCGCGCCCGGGCCACAUGGUCCCCCUCCGCGCACGCCCCGGCGGCGUCCUCGCGCGCCCAGGCCACACCGAGUCCGCCGUCGACCUCUGCGCGCUGACCGGCCUCCCGCCCGCGGGCGUGCUCUGCGAGCUCGUGGAGGAUAACGACGCGGGGAGCAUGAUGCGCCGCGACGCGUGCAGGCGCUUCGCAGACCGCUGGGGGCUCAAGAUGAUCAGCGUGGAGAUGCUUGCACAGUGGCGUCGCCGCACCGAGCGCACGGAAGGGGAUACGCGGGCGGAGGCGCAUUCGUAG